AUGAUGAUUGCAGCUUGUUUUAGAGCAGCACUUGUGCUUUUGCUGAUAUGCUGGAGUCUAUCAGGGAUAGAUGCAAAGAAGAAACCGAGGAAACCUACGUGCAAGGAGAGGGUACAGAAAGCUCAGAACAUUCUGGGUUCACUGUCGAACAUCAAGGACGACUGCAACGUUAAGCUCACAUGCCCGAGCGGAGAAACUCCAGUUGACAAGGAGAAUGAGUUGACAGUUUUGGAAAGUAUGAAGAGCUCUGUUGAUCGUAUGGCGAACUGCACAUGCGCAAGAACGGGUACUGGUCGCCAUGGUUACACUGUAAAAUCAAAUUAUGAAGCCUUUGACUAUCCUGUGAUCUUCGAGGAUGAAGUGCGUUGGAAGCUAUUCUGGUGGUUCAAAGCGAAUACUUCAUGGCCAGCCCUGGUUAGCGAUAUCUUACAAGAACACGUAACCUCUGAUUAUGACAGUUGUGAUGAAUUUGAUGACACUGACAAUGACUAUGACUCGGAGAAUGAACUUAAUGUGGCCAUUGAGGACCUUUUAAGGACCCUUUGA